GAUCACUUUUCCAAACAGAUCCUUUCGGAGACUUAGAAUUGGAAAGAUGGAUCUCCAGGCUCCAAAAGGAAAAGAAUUAUUCAUUGAUGAAGAUGUGAUUGUCUGGAACCCAGCUUUUAACCAGGUUCUUCCACUUUCUCGAUGCAAUGACCCUUGUUUCCCUGGAUCCUGGAAGAAAGGGAUUGAAGGGGAACAGUUCUGCUGCUAUGACUGUGUUCCAUGCCCAGAAGGGAAGAUUUCAGAUCAAAAUGAAAUGGAUGACUGUUUUGAAUGUCCAGAGGAUCAUUAUCCAAAUAAAGAAAACAAUGGAUGCAUCCUGAAAUCGGUGGUAUUUCUAACCUUUGAAGAAACCUUAGGAAUUGGUUUAGCUUCAGCAGCUCUUGGUUUCUUCUUCUUGACAACUUGGGUACUAGGAACUUUUAUUAAGUAUCGGGAUACACCUAUUGUCAAAGCCAACAACAGGUUCCUCACUUACACCCUGCUUGUCUCUCUUCAGCUCUGUUUUCUCUCCUCUUUAUUCUUCCUUAGCCAACCUGGCAAAGUGACCUGCCUUCUCCGACAAUCAAUGUUUGGUGUCACUUUCUCUGUGGCCAUUUCUAGUGUACUGGCCAAAACCAUCACUGUAGUUGUUGCUUUCAUGGCCACGAAACCAGGAUCUCAGAUGAGGAGAUGGGUGGGGAAAAGAUUGGCCUUUUCUAUUGUCCUCUCAUGCUUUCUCUUACAAGUAUGCAUUUGUAUUCUUUGGUUGUCAACAUCUCCCCCAUUCCCUGAGUUGGACAUGCACUCAGAGUUCCAAGAAAUAAUUUUACAAUGCAAUGAGGGAUCAUCUUUCUUUUUCUACUGUGUCUUGGGGUACAUGGGAAUCUUGGCCAUUGCCAGCUUUAUUGUGGCUUUCCUUGCCCGUAAAUUACCCGACACCUUUAAUGAAGCCAAGUUCAUCACCUUCAGCAUGUUGGCCUUUUGCAGUGUGUGGAUCUCCUUCUUUCCAGCAUAUCUGAGCACAAAAGGAAAAGCCAUGGCAGCUGUGGAGGUUUUCUCCAUCUUGGCCUCCAGCGCUGCAUUACUGGGGUGCAUAUUCCUGCCAAAGUGCUACAUCAUUGUUUUGUGUCCUGACCUCAACCACAGGGAACAACUCAAAAAGAGGAACUAA